GUGAUUUAAAGGACGAGAAUAGACUUCGGAAAAAGACCAUAGUUUAAAGCCUAAACAGCUGAAGCACAAUGUCCAAUGGAACUGCUUUGAAAAAUAGGGGCAUUCAGAGGUUAAAGUUGGAGGAACAGUAAGGAGGUAACAGCUAUUGGCAGCAGCAACUAAAAUGAAGAAAUUCUCUCCUGGUGGCUCUGUUUACACAGUUCAAUAAAUAUGGAUUUCAGAACUAACCAUGAAAAUCCACUGAACAAAGACUUUCAUAGAGAUGUGAUUCGGGCAAAUUAUCCCUCAAUUGUCGGCCACCUUCAGAUGUCACCAGUAUUCUACAGACUUCUCCAAGAAAAAGGAAUUCUGUCUGAUCAGCAGAUCCAAAUAAUCCAGAAGGAAGGUAGCCAGGAGCUUAAAGUCGCAAAACUGCUUUCACUGUUGGAAGGAGAAGGAAGUUGGGUCUUGGAGCCAUUCUCUGAGCUGCUGAAUGAGACAGGCUAUGUCCAGUUGGCCAAAGUCUUACAUGGCACAGCAUUAACCAAGUGUCUAGCAAAGCAGGAAAAUCAUGGUAAGAAAAGCCAACUAUGGAAUCAAAUGCAAACACUUGAGCAGGAACUAGAGAGGGGUUACAUGGAGGAGUCGCUUACCCUCAAAAGAACACUUGAAGACAUGAAGAGAGAAUAUUUACUGCGGUUGCAGGAUUUGGAAAAUGAAUUUGUCUUCACUGAAAGGGAGCGGGAUGUGGCCAGAAGGGAACGAAAUAUGGCCUUGCAGGAGAGAGAAUUACUAUUGAGAAAAAACAAGGAGCUGCUGAAAACUUUAAAACGGGUGCGCCAAUCCCUGGAACAUCAGGAAAACAAAUGGCAUGGAGCAGACCAGUCCAGUCAGGCACUGGCCUAUAUAGCACCCAUGAGAAACAAGUGGAAUUAAUUUCCAAUGGUCCCAGCAAAACAUAAUAUUCAGUUUGUUUUUCCUUAGGUUCAUACAUUAUUCAUGUUCUUGCAUGAAAUCCUAUUUGAAAGCAGAAACUCACUCUCCUUUGGUAUGUAUCUAAUCUGCAUAUAUAUUUUGUACCUUGCUGAAAUUUUUUGAGCAUAUUUCCUGAUGC